UCUGAUCUCUCACGGCAGAACUCUGUGAGUGUGUGUGUUUGCGUUUGAUAAAGGAGAAGUGAGCAGUUGGCGGAUCAGGAUGAAGGUUGUUGGAUCUACCUGUGCGCUGAACAGUAAGGUGGGAGGAGAGGACGCGGUGCGCUGCCUGUCCGAGCAGAGCCUGAGCAUCUCCAAGUGCAAGCUGCCGCUGCUGGACGAGCACAUGAGCGCCUUCCUGCAGGACAUGAACAGCUGCUACAGCAAGCUGAAGGAGCUCGUGCCCACGCUGCCCACCAACAAGAAGGCCAGCAAGGUGGAGAUCCUGCAGCACGUCAUCGACUACAUCUGGGACCUGCAGGUGGAGCUGGACUCGCCGUGUUCGGCUCUGCAGCACCAGGGCGCGGCGCGUACGCCCCUCACAGCGCUCAACACCGAGAUCAGCAGCAUCUCCAUGGAGAACGGUUGCUCUGAUGACAGAAUUCUGUGCCGCUGAAAUCCACAGAUCGUCAACACUGCUGAUGGGAAGACGUCCAGAACCUCCUCUGUGUGUGUGUGAGAGAGAGAGAAAGAGUCCUGCAGAGUGUCCUGUCCAUCCUGGAGGUGGUGACAGACAUGUCAGCGUGUCUUCUGCGUUCCCGUCUCUGAUGGGUUUUUGUAUAAAGUCUGUACAAAGAGAGAAUUUUAUCUUUUGUUUAAAAGCAAAGAAGAAACAUUUCUCAGAUUUCUGAGUUGAAGCCGUAUUGUACAUUACAAUGAUUUAUCACGUGUCGUAUGGACGUGUUCUCAAUACACACUGUAUUCUGGGAAACUCAA